AUGCUACUCGGCGUGCAAUGUACAAGAGACGCUACCAGUCCCUGGAAAAAAAGGCUAGUGAGCUCACCACACUUUGUGGCAUUAAGAUGUGUACGUGUGGUGGUCUAUGGUGAUGGCAAGGCCCAGCCGGAGGUGUGGCCCUCUGAUGCAGAGGCCAAGAAAUUCCUCAAGAAAUUCAAGGACAUGCCAAAUGUUGGCAGCUUCAAGAAGACACAGAGCCAAGAAGAGUUCCUCCAAAGUCGCACGUUGAGGCUCCAUGAGCAGGCGAGCAAGUUGGAUAACGAGAAUCGUGAGCGUGAGACCUUGGUCCUCUUGCAUGACAGCUUGGAUGGACGUCGUCCAGACCUGGUUGGCACCACCAAGGAUGAGCUCGUUAGCCUUAGGGAGAUGGUGGAGAUGAAGAUGAGCAAAGCCAAAGCACGGAUCCAGCAGCUUGUCGGUGGGCAGGGAGCCCUCCCAGAUCCAUUGCAGGUGAUGCUACCAGUUUCAUCUUCGUCACAGACACAAGCUUCUUCCUACACCUACAACGAGAUGCAAAUCAUGGCGCCACUAGAGGAACACCAGCUGCAGCAGGACUGGCCGCUUGCAAGCCUGCUGGCCCCAAACUAUGGGGAGCUCGGCUCGGCGCUCUAUGAUGGCUUUGUAGGCAGCAGCAGGGACCCCAGCGGCAGUGGGUGUCAAAUGAUGCAGCCUUACAAUCUGGGUUCUUCCUCAGGGCUCCCAUGGCCACAGUAG